AUAAUUCAAUAAUAAAAUGUUAACCAAAAUGUAUUAAAAAAAGCUAAUGAUUACAUUAAACUAUGAAUAAGAAGAGCUUGAUGUCAGCUGUCAAAUUUUUGUUUUGUGAGUCUCACUGUCUGUCCAAGUAUAUAUCUUCAUACAGUGAAUUUUGUUUAUUGUUAACACAUGUAUAAUAUUAAUUUUUCUUCGCAAAAUGAUUUCCAAAGAUAGCCGUAUUUAUAAAAGUGUAAUUUUCAUUUUCUUAUAAUAAUUUAUCAACAUGAUAACGUAUCGAACAAAAUGGAAGCAUUUAAAAUUAUUUUCGUUUUAAUAUUGACAAUUUUGGGCAGUACUGCCCAUUGGUAUAUAAAAGAUGUAGCUAAAAAUCUAAGUAAUGAAAUUGAGGAAUUGAAAAAUAAUGAAUUAGGAGUGCCUUUUGUAUUGAACUUGUACAAAAACUUUGUAUUCAUACAACCAAAAGAUGAUCUAAUGAAAAUUGUGAAUAAUAUAGCUCAUAAAUUAGAAACAAAAAUUACUGAUAUAUUUUCAGUAUUAGAAAGUUCUCAGUUAGUAAUAGAUACUAAAUUAUCCAAAGAAAACAGUGUUACUUUAAAUUCUUCAGUAACUCCAUGCUUUCUAAAUGAAUCCCUGAGGAAUCAGUAUAACAAUAACUCUUAUAAUUCUACUGAGAAUCCGCUAGAAUCAAUUAACAUUUUAGACAAAAUGAAGCAAAACUUCAUUAGCAUAUCUGAAGGAGUAAAAAGACAAUAUUUUAUAUCAGAUUAUGAAAUAAAACAAUUAAAAAGGACUCCCUUUCUACGUUGUAGUGAGUCUGAAGAAAAUAUUAUAUGGAGUAACUACAUGAAAAGAAAUAUUUAUCAGCAGAAAAAUUUAAUCCUCGUACUUGACAUAGGAGGUUCAAUGAAUCAAGUACAGUUUAAUCUGUUAAAAUCAGUUGCUAAAGGAAUGUUAUCAGUAUUGAAUGAAAGUGACAGAGUUUCUGUUUCAACAAUAAGUUCAAAUUUUACUUAUCUUGAGAAUGAUUGUAAUAUAUUAUAUGGUUAUUAUUUGUUGGAAAAGACUCCAGUAUUAAAACAAGCUACCUCCAGUUACAUUCAAAAUUUAGAAAAAUACAUUGAUGCUAUAAUUAGUGAACCAGGCUUAACUAACCAUACUCUUGGUUUUGAGAAGAGUUUAGAGAUUGUGGUAAAUAGUGCAGACUUGGUAAAAAACGAAACAAUUAUGAUUUUAUAUGUAAGCAGAGGAUUAUUGUCAUCUCUAAUGGAACCCAAAGAAGUAUUGGAAAUGGUUGAAAAAUUUACAAGAAUUCACAAUAUUACAUCUUUGUUUAUCAACACAUGUGCCAUAAUUGAUGAACUGAAGCCAGUAGUAUAUGAACCUCAAUUUUUAUGUGAUAUUGCCUACCAUAAUUACUCCAAAUAUAAUAUACCUUUCAAACCAAAUCCAUACCGCAAGCUUGGAAUGAUGCUCAAAGUAGAGAAUUUAGAAAGUAUACCUUUUGUGGUAGAAAGAUUUUAUUCAGUUUUUAAUCCUCAUUCGAAUUUUGAGAUAGGAACAAACAUUCACUCUCCAAGUUGGGACAAAAGUGAAAACGAUUUAAUGGUGUCAUUUACAAAAGGCUGGAAAAGACAAAAUAAAUUUUUCAUGUUGGGUGUAGAUGUCUAUUUUUCAAAUUUAGCAGAAGAUUUAGUAUAUUAUAGUAAUGUACAAGGUUAUUCUUAUGUAUUUCUUAUGGAUUUAAAAGGAAAGAUAGCUUACCAUCCAUACUAUCUAAGAGUGAAACAAAAAAGUCAAUCCCAUGCUGUAGAUCUAGAAAACAUUGAGAAAGUUUCAAAUAUAGCUAACUUGAAAAGGCGAAUAUUGAGUGAAAAAAAAGGCAUCUUUCAGGAUUUUAGAAAAAAUAAUAGUGAUUUGGUUCAAUACCGAUGGAACAGAAUAAGUGAUUGGUAUGUAGUGUGUUUAGUUACAAAUACUAAAUAUGGUGUCCCAAGCAUACCUCAGAAAUCUAUCUGGUUUCAAAACGAUUUUUUGUAUCAAAAUUUUGGAGAUUACAAGCUAUGCAGACAUUUAAAUAUUCUGGCAACAAUAGAUGUUUUUUCGUUAUAUUUAAGCCCAUCUUGUUUUCGUUCUCCAUUUCUGGCAGCUCACUUAACACAAAACAAAUUGCGCUCUGAAGACUUUGUGGCAUAUCUGAAAGACGAUAGCAGAUUAUUGAUUAACCCCGGCUUAAAAGAAGAAAUUAGAGAGGAAGUUUCGUUAUUAUCACAUAUAUUAAUGUUCCUCAGAAAGCGCCAUCUACAAUCGGAAAUAUCAAAUUAUAUAGUUAGACGUUAUGCAUCCUCAAAUUCUGGUGUUUUCCAAAUGUUUCCAGGAAGUACUAUUAAACCAGGAUGGUCACCUACAAAGAGUCUAUGGUUUUAUAAAGCCUCACAACAUAGAGGUAAAGCUGUAUUAGUUCCUCCAUAUUUAGAUAAGGGUGGGGCUGGUUAUGUUAUAACUAUAGCUUAUGCAACUUCACAAUUUAUUAUUGGAAUGGAUGUUACUUAUGGUUUUAUUCUUAAAAUGUUGAUAACUAUUAUACCCGAGUGUUUGAAUAAAAACAUCACUUGUUUUUUGAUAGAUGAUGAGGGAUACAUUAUCUAUCAUCCCAACUUGAUGAAUUCAAAUGGAGCUAAACCCAUAGAACAACAACAUAUAGUACAUAAGGAAUCAUUAGUUUCAAAUGAUAUCUUGAAUCACAAACAUUUUAUACAAAAGCUUCUUUGUAACAGUUAUGGUGAUGAUACUAUACAGAGAUACUACGCAUUGAAUACUAGCUUUGUUGGUGUAUUAGUAAAUUUUGUACCAGGCGAACAAUGUGUUAAAUACCAAAUUACCAGCAUACCUAAAACUAAUAUGUUCUUAGGAAUUGUUAAUGUUUCUUGUAAUUUUGGAGCUACUUUCUGCCCUUGUAGCAUCAUUGACAGAUUGUGUUUAAACUGCAAAAGAAUGGAACAGAAAGAAUGUGAAUGUCCUUGUGAGUGUCCAUUAGAAAAUAGUGAUAUUUGUGAUACAAAGCCUAAUUCCAGUAAUGUGACAGACAAUGUACCAUGUAAAAAAUAUGCAGAAGAAUCUUUAGGAAACAGCUUUAUUGUUAGUCCCAACAAUAACUUGGAGUCAUGUUUUGUCGUUAGUUGCUAUGAACAAAAGACUUAUUUAGAUUGCUUAGGACUUAUUGGUUGUGAAUGGUGCAUGUUUGACAUGAACCGUAACUAUUUAAGGAAACCAUUUUGUGCAUCUAUUAGUACCUGUUUCAAAGGAAUAUUCGACAUAUCAGAUACUUCUUUUGGUAGGGUACCAAAUAGUGUUGAAUUCUCAUCAGCAGGACCAAUUAUCUAUUCAAUUAUAGGCAUAACUGUACUGUUUGUACUUUUGUUAGUAUGCUACCGCUCUUAUUCUAACCAAAUAACUGACAGAUUGUAUGUAUCUUCAACCCAAGAUCAACUACGGAUGAGUGACUUGAAUAUCACCGAUAAUUUUCAUGAUUUAGGAAAUCACAGAGAUAAAUUAAUUCAAGAGGAACAUCUAAAUGUAAGUCCAUAUUGUGUUGCUGGUACAUAUAGAAGGACUACAGGUCCUACUGACUCUGAUCAUGGGUACUCAACAAUGACACCACACGAUGAAUCUGAACAUAUGUCUUUGGCUCCUGUAGAGGUAGAUUCCUUAGAGGAUGAUAUAUUUUCAGAUAGUACUUCCGCACAUACAAGUCUUUCAAAUAAGGAUACUCCAAGACUUUUCCCGCCUGUAUCCACAAGGAUUCCUCAAAGGAACUGUAUCACUGUUCCAGUAACUGUACAUCAGAAUGCAAUAACAUGAUGCCAAUUAUUCUUCAAAAUGUUUUUAUUAAUUAACAUUCAAAUAUUUUGUUUACUAUUAGGUUUUAUAAUACUGGGAGUCCCAUAAAAUACUAAUUGACGAAUAUUUGUGUUAACCUAAUUUAAAACUGUUUGUAUAGUUUCUUAAUGUAUUGUAACAUUGUUAUUUUAUAUAUAGAAUGUAUGGAUUAUAAUUUGAGCAAUGACAAGUAUGCGACGAUUGCUGAGAAUUCAUUCAAAAAUCUAGACUUGAAAUUCUUUAGCUGACUACUAACAUAUAUGAAUUAAUUGUAUAUUUAGUUAUAAAUUGCAGAUACUUGACAACCCCAAUGAAAGGAAUAUAUCCAAACUCUACAGUACAACUCUGAACUAAAUAUUUUUACUGGAAUACAUUUUCUCGACUCAUAACAGAUGUUCCUUCCAGAUUUCCUCCAUUCUAAUAUACGUCCAAUCUGUGAAUUUUUAUAAAUUUGUAUGUACAUAGAUAUUUAUCAUAAACUAUAAAAUGAGAAAAAACUAGUAAAUAAAUAUGUACCUCCAAUUAUAGUUUGAAAAGUCUAUUCAAUGAAUGCAAUAAGAAUUUUUAUACACAGUAAUGUGACAAAGUAAACCUAUGAAGUUUUUGUAUAAUCGAUUGUCUUGUUACUACUUGCAAACAGCAAAAUAAAAAAAAUAUAUAAUUGUAAAACUGUUCGACUUCAUAUUCUCAUAGAUAAUACAUUAUUUGCUUUUAAAGACUUUCAAAAAUAAAAUGGUACUCCUGCAUAAUGAAAGUUUUCGAAAUGAUAUUUAUUAAUUAAAUUUAGUGUACAUUUGUAUUCUACUGUAACUUUCGCACUUUCGCUUCUACUCAUGAUGAUGCAAAAUUUUUCAUUCAUGUAAUUGAACAAACUCUGGUAACUAGGAGAAAACUUUUCAUAGAAUUCUGACGUUUCCACUUGUGUCUCAAUUUAGUACAAAAAGUUUGUAGGAAUAUAAAAAGAAAAUGUUUUACAAAACUAGGUGUAAGUAACUAUUAUUUUCGUAACAAAAACAGUUGUGGUAAUAAAGAAAACAAUACUUACCACAACUUUCUACAAAAAAAAUUAUUAACCUCUUGAAAUUGGCAGGUCUAGCAAUUGAUGGGUAUUGGCAUAAUACUUUUUGUUAUUUCUUCCUGAUAUUGGAUUAUGCCUACAGAUUUCUGGGUGAGGUCAAUAAGCUAUGGUUAAGGAUUUUUAUAAUUUGAAUUUGCUAUUUCAUUAUAUUCUUCAUGUUCAAUGUUACCUAGAAAAAGAGAGAGUAGUUCGAUAUGUUUUUGAUGUCUUUAUGGGUAAGAGUUUUUAAUAUUGGAUCGGUUAAGCGUGUGUGGUCAUGGUCAGAGCAUACUAUUGUAUUAGUUUGUUAUUGAGGUGAGAAGUGAAAAUGGCCCGUUGAAAUUAUUGAUUAAGUACAAAGAGAGAGAGAGAGAGAGAGAGAGGCUGUUACAGCUCCUGCUGCAUUAUUUCUUAUCGGCGACUAUUUCGCUGAAAACGAAUGGUGAGGCUCUAAAUAGACAAAAAUCUUCAUCGGUUGAGUGUUAAUGAAGUCAACUAUAAAAACAUAGUCAAACUGUUUUGCUAGUUGGAGUGAUACACUAUGGCAAUAUAUGGAAAACCAGUUUCUUGAAAAUGUUACCAUACUUACACUCUAGUACACACAGUAGCGAAUGUGUUGAAAUGUAGUUUAAAUUUUAUAUUGUUUGAAUUAUGUGUACAGAAUUUACCAGUUCAAUAAUAUACACACAAUGAAAUUACCUAUUAUAUUCCAUUAAUAUACAGUAUUGCAAUAUGCGUAACGCACAAUUUUUCAAAUUCAAAAUAAUAUGUCAUGUUUUUCAAAAUAAGUAAUUUUAUUUCCAAUCACAGAAUUGUUAUUAACAAUGAUAUCUCAUUCCCCUAUGCUAGAUUUAUUUAUCUAGUUUUCACCAAUGUAUAUUUACAAUAUAGUAAAUAAAAACACAAUUCCACCGGACAUUUAUAUAGACCAUAGUUUUUAUUUUUAUAUAUUCAUUUUAUGUAACUCCAAAUGGUAAUUUAAUUUGUUGCCUAAGAGUACCCGCUCAUCAUUGCAAUUUAGAAUAUAUUAAUAUUAACAUCUUUAUUAAUGUUAAUUUCACUUGCUUGUAUGCCAAAAUAUACACUAGUGGUAAUUACGACUUGUUCGGAAAUAUGUUGGACGUUGCAUGAAAUUUUUUUCCAGGAAGUAAUUGUUACUAAUCUUAUUUUUUGGUUUUUUGAAUUUUCACACAUAUCUAGUCACUAUGUAUGAAGUUAUUAGGUUUAAAAAGUGAGACAAUAAAUACUAACAACUCAUUUUAAUUAAUAAAAAUUUUUAUAUUAAAUUGCAUCAAUUGAAACAAAAAUAUUUGUAUUGUAACAAAAUAAAACCUGAUUUUUAAAGUAGAUUGUAGGUUAUCGUAAAAUAUAUCAUCGACAGACUGUAUGAUGGUUUUUAAUGCUUGCAAAUGGUCAAACUUUCUUUUUUAUUUUUAACUUGCUAUCGGUAUUUUCUUAGUGUAACUUUUCAUUGUCACUGAUAGAAAGAAACUACCAAUCGUCAUUGUGUUGUUAGUUUAAAUUGUAUUAUUAUAUUGUAUUAUUGUAUUAUUAUAAGGAUUUUAACAGAUCUGUUACUGCGAGCUCGCUAGUUUUCUUUCUAGACUAAUAGAUAAAAAAUGUGCUUCGAAUUUUCUGCUUUGAGAGAUUCUACAUUUUCUCAAGCGGCUAAACAACAUCUAUGUUAUCUGCAGAUACGUUGAUGACUAUAAUUUUUGAUCGUUUUUGUGCCAUGUACACUACGAUUCAAAAAAUAUACGAGUGUUCAUAGCUGAUCUAUUUAUCCCACUUCUUUUAGAAAGUAGGAUGGAUUUAGCUGCCUUCAUUUCCUAAUUCAUACGCUCCCAGAUGUAAUGGUUAGGUCAGAUCUUCCCGGAUAAUUUCUCAGGAGUAUCUUUGCCCAUCUCAACCUCUGUAGAUUGUUCCAGUAACUGGGUUCUUCCUAUCUACUUUCUUUUCUAGUGUUUUCUCUAUAGUUCUGUAACUGAUUCUACAAAAGGGUUUAGGUCCUACAAAGAAUUUAUCUGCCCCUAUUUUGUCAAGUCUAUCUGCUAUUUAAUUUCCAUCUACUCAAUAGCGGAAUCCAUUGAAGAGUAACUUUAUUCUUUUUGUCUAAGUUAACUUGUCCACGCAUUCCCUAACUAGCUAUCGGAUGAGAUAUGAUAAUCUCCUGUCUGCGGUAUUUCUCUUCUACUUGGUGUACUGUCCAAGCUUUCUCUUCUUUUGGUGUUAAGAGGUUUUCUUUUAAUGGAUAUACGAAGUUUGCCUUUGUCACCAACCUCGAUAAAGUUACGAGGUAAUCUUUUAGAGGUUUUCUAAAUUAUUUAAUAUAUUAUAGGGUCAAAACCUAAAUUUCGAGAAGUGGUGUUACAGGAU